UUUUACACAGAACCAGCUGUCUACAAUCCCCUAAUUGCAAUCAGUGUAAGCAGAAUUUCCUGGCUGGUAGUUUUAAUCAACAGUCUGCUGCUGCACGUGGAUGCUGUGGUUGAACUCACUUCCAUGGCUCUUCCAAUUGGGGUUUCUUGGCUUUGCACUCUGUUGUUAUGGGGCUGCAUUUGUUUUCCUCCUGAAAAAGGUUACAUUGUUGCACAUGGCUACUUUUUCAAUGAUGGUGAAUUCAGUAGCCAUGCAGGUGUGCUUGGUCCACAAACAUCAAUCCAGUUUGAUUCUGGACCAUCUUUAAACACAAACCAAGACUCUGUUAGUCCAAGGGAUGAGAUGCAAGCUAUGAGGGACCAAAGCUUUGUUUCCCUUCAGAGAGAACCAGUCCAUGAAAACAAUGAAGAUGCUAGCUCCGUUACUAGCCUCAGUGAAGAGAUGGUACAAAGCAAACCAGACUCAGAAAAUUAUGUCCCCUCCGGUCCCCCAGUGCAGAAAUAUGAGCAUGAAGGUCCUGACUCUCAACACCCCUUUGGCCUUUUAGUGAAAGAGCACACACAAGAGAAAACUGUGGAGGGCACCAGUUUCCAAACAAUUAAAGAUUUCAACCGGUUUAUAGAAACAAUGAAGAACUCCUUCUUAAUGCCAGGAAGUGACUUUGGUAGACAUUUUCAAACCGCACGGGAAACUAUGACAAACAAGAUGGCUUCUAAUGCUGAAAAUGUUAAAGGAGAGCCAGACACAGGCUCUAGGUCUAAGUCGACAAAAGAAGGAACUCCCCAUGAUGGCGCCAUUGAAAAUGAAGUCUGGAGUGAUCCUAUGAAUACAGCAUUUGAGCAAAGUAAACGGGGUGCCAACUACCAAAUGCCAAGUGAAAACCUCCCUAUCCUUGAUCCUGUUGACUCCACUGCAAGUCUCAUUUCUACCAAUGUUUAUGACAACCAAGACUCAGGCCCAGGUUCUGCUCUCUACCCACACCAUCAUUUAGCAGCCACAGAGCAUGUUUCAAGUGAUUAUGGAAGUUAUGACAGGGGUGGCAUUUCUGGGGAAAACACUGAUACUUUCACAAGUGCUCCUCAUGAGCAAAAUGAAAAUGUUCUGUUAAGCUACAAGCUCCCUGAACAAAUACCCUCCGGCUCAUUCUUUGGAGAGGAUUUGACUUUCAGUGGCCAUGUGACCGCACCCCCUGUCAACCCUCUAAACAGCCCCUCUCAAGAUUUCAGCGAUUAUUUAAGUAAGGAAUCCAAUGUAAUGCCUCAAACCUCUGAGAAAAACCAACCAAAAUAUAAAUCUCACAAAGUGACUCCAGCCGAUGUCCUGUCUGCACCAAUGCCCCCAUCUUUGAAUUCCUACGGCAAAAGUUUAUAUGUUGGUGCACCAAGAGAUCAACUCUUCUUCCCAGAUUAUCUACCAAAACAUAAGGAAAGACCAGCCCUAUCAUUUCAGACACAUCAACCCACUGUUGGUAAGGAAUCAAAGGAUAUAAGCUACACUCCCACUGCCCACCAGUCUGUAUCUACUAGUUCUGUUUCUACAAGCUCUGAUUACUCUUCACCACUGAGUAGUAGUAGUCAUGUGGGAGUUCAAACAAGUAGCCCACAUGACGCUCAGAAUCAGGCUUUCAACAGAAAGCAGCCAGUUAGAUUCCACCCAAUGUUUUCUGUGAACCCUUCCAGCUCUCUUCAUGGCUCAAGCAGACAUGAUGGCUAUCUCGGGAACCAGACAGGUAUUAGACUUCCUUACACCCUCACGGCCAAGGCAAAAGAUGAGGAGAAAUCAGACCUCUCCAAGCUGAAUCUAGUCUCUCGGGGACCAAAACAAAUGGCUGACAGAAACCCCCUGGGCUCAUUUACUACCUCGCUUAGACGAGGCAUUUCUCUAAAUGGUGGCCAUGAGAGUGUAACAAGAGCUGGCCUUCUACAGACCAUCAUACAACCGACCAAAGCAUGGAAGCAUCCAGCAAAUAUGAAUAAAGAGCCCGGCAACAUGGCCUAUUGGCCUCUUAAACCGCUGUCUGCAACAAAAGGUUCUGCUUCUACUUUAAGUGGUGUAUUUUGGAGGAAUGGUGGCCACAUAAAAAAACUUCCUCUUCAAACUGGCUCUAACAUGUCUCCACCAUUUGUAAACACUUAUGUUGACAAGUCCAGAAACAGCUAUGCAUUGAGCAAAGUAUCUCUAUCAAAGACCCUUUAUGCACCAUUAUCAGCUGGAUGAAUACAAGAACACUGUAUCCCACAAUGUAAAAGGAUUGGAAAAACCGUAAAGAAGUGAGAAUGGUAUGGGAAAAAUGUCAUUGCUUGUGAAUAUAACUUGUGCUUAUGAUUAAUUUGAAUAAUGACUAAAACAUUUCUCACAUCUCAAACUUUCUCAAGCAGUUCUUAAUUUGUCCAUCUGUCGUUGGGAUCCUUAAUAAAAUUUAUAUUCCAAAAAAAAAGAUAUUCAUAGAAAGACAGCAGUGGCCAGAUGUUUCGGUAAGAGAAACAUUCAAAUUCCAAAAAUCUAAAGGACUAUUUGCAUCUAAAAAUCGCCCUUGUUUUCUUUGCCAUUUCAUAUGUAGGUGAAAUCGCUGAUGGCAAGUCCUAUGUAAAUAAGGGUAAGUAUUCAUAUUGUGAAUACUUAAUGCUCACACAACUUAAGUAAAAAAUAUUUUUGUUUUCUUUAGGAUAUGUUGCCAUCUUCAACUGGGAGGAAAUUCAAGUUACUUUCUGCAGUUCUCAACACAUCCACUCUGACUAGUAAAAAAAUGUCAGUGUUUUGAA